AGACAGUCAGUAGAGCGAGAAAGAGAGAGAAAUAGAGUCAAAGCGUCACCGCUGUAUACGCACUCGGCCGAACUCGGCACUGAAUCCGGACUAACACGAAUGAGCGUUACAUGAGGGAGCAUGACGAAGCAGUCGCAUUCAGUAUCGACGCUAAGUACAGUGCGCUUUACCAAUACGUUUCUGAAGCGAAAAGUUUUUCAAAAUAAUUAUUGAAUAUAAUUAUUGAGAAUAAUUAAUUAUUCUUUGAUUGUAAUUCAUCGUAAUAAUUUAUCAUAAUACACGUGUAAGAACAUAUGUUAAUAUGACAGAAUUUGUCGUGUAUUUAUAAGACAUUAUAUCUAUCGUCAUUAAAAACAGUGUGUGUUUAAGAUUACAAGAUAGACACUUGCUGCGUCUCACCAAUAAAGAAAAUAUUUUUUGCGCUCAGAUAUGUUACAUUUCUUAAAUGAUAUAUUUCUAUAUUGGAUUUUUCCAAACCUUAUUAAUGAUAUGAUGCGUCAUAAUAGUAUCAACAUUACUCUAGAUUAUAAUCAGCUGACAUUCUAGCAUUUAGCGUCCCAUCGCCCCUCUCUUACUCAUUCGAUAUUUCAGUUUACGCACGAAACUGGUAGGGACAGACGAAGGACCGCACAAAGCAGAGACGGAGAAUAGAGUAUCGCCUAUAAAUUGUCAAUUCAUUGACAUUGACAUUCCGUCGCUCUAGACAGUGUAUCGACAACACGCGUUCAGAAGAUGGAUGAAAAAAAUCAAAUUGACGAUGACAAAUUGAAGCGAAAACGGGAAUUGACAAAUGCACGCGUUGCAAAAUAUCGAAAAAAGAAGCAACUUGAAUCGCAGCUCCUGAAUUCUUCAAUGCAGGAUGAUCCUAGUGAGGAAGUGAGAAACAGGCGGAUUCAAGAAAAAAUCGCUGAACGGAAGAAAGCAAUGGCAAAGGAACGCUCGAGAAGGUAUCGUGAAAAGAAACGUCUAAAUGCGCUGAAAUCUGUUCAUCAUGUGGUUCAUGAUUCACAAAUUCCAGGACCUUCGCAUGCAAAUACAUCACUUGUAUGCAGAUAUCAAGAAAAUACGAUUCAUGAUUCUCAGAUUGCCGAAGCAUCUACGAAAAUUCCUCUUGUUACAUGCGAAAAUCGAAAUACUACAAUUCAUACUUCUCAGAUUGCCGGAACAUCCACAAAUAUGAAUAUUCCUCUUAUUAUACGCGAUGAUUCGAAAAAUUUAAUACGCAUAGGUGAAAAUCUUUCGACACCACUAAACGAAGCAAAUGAAGCCUUGAAUGUCAAUGAUAAUUUAGCACCUUUACAAGUUCAAGUGUGCGCUUCACCUACUCCUGAUGUACAAUUCAACAGGUCAUCGGCGACUUACAGUACCUAUGCAAAACACAGCAGUGCCCAUAUACAAUUUCAUAAACAGUUCAUACAGAAUGAAUUUGGAUACGCUUGUGGAAUUUGCGAUAGAUUAUGGUUUAAAGAGGACUUGAAGACUUUAGAUGAUGAUAGUGUAGAGUUCAUACGAACAUUUCUUCCAGAUGUUGAUGAACAUUCCAUUACAGUUUGUUCUACUUGUCGAACUAGCAUCCAGAAACAAUCGAUACCCAAAAUGGCUGUACACAAUGGUUUUGAGUACCCUACAAUUCCCGAAAAUUUACAAAAUUGUCCAUUGGAUUUAGUGUCGGAAAGAUUGAUUUCUCCCAGAAUUCCUUUCAUGCAAAUCAGAAGACUUCGUCAUGUUCAUGGCCAAUAUGGAAUUUAUGGACAAAUUAUUAAUGUUCCCAUGGAAGUCAAUACGAUGGUUAAUAAGUUACCGAGAAAUAUCAAUGAUGAUCAUUGUAUUUACGUACACAUCAAGCGAAAAAAAAUACACAAAUCUAGUUUUUUACACGGUCUAAUUAAUAAACGCAUUAUUAAAGCAUGGCUAAAAUAUUUGGUGAAUACUCCACUCUAUAGAACAUAUAAUAUAACCAUAGAUGAACAGUUUUUUGAUAAUAAACAUGACGAAGAACUUCCACUGGAUGGUUCUAGUGGAAAUGAUGUCAAAAUGGAUAAUAAUGAACUGAAUGAAAAUGAUGGUAAUGAACUGGAAGAUAUCCCGAUUGAAGAAAAUUUAUUAGCACAGCAACAAACAGUAAUGUGGAAUGACGACCUGUAUUUAAGAAUAGCUCCAGGAGAAAAUAAUGUACCUAUAAGUUUAUUAUUUGACGAACAUGCUGAAGAAUUGUCAUUUCCCUCCAUUUACCUGGGCCAAUUUCGGCAGUUUCGAGAAGGAGUUACUGUUACUCCUUUCAUGAUGGCAACUAGUGAAUUAAGACGAUCAGAUAGACGUGGAGUAACACCUCAUCAUUUAUUAUAUGUUGCUAUGAAAAUAAUGAGAAUAAGAGUUAGGGAUUCUCUUACCGUUGCGUUUAAACACAUAGGGAAAAAAUCUAAUAUUACGAAAGAGGAAGUACAAGCUGAGAAUUAUAUUCAUAAUUGCAUUGAAAGCAACCUUGCUUUUUUACGUUCUAUACCUAAUUCUACUUGGUAUUGGUCGGAAAGGAAAAAAGAUUUAUUUGCAAUGAUUAGACAAUUAGGCAAACCAACCGUAUUUUUCACCAUAAGUGCUAAUGAAAUUGGAUGGUUAGAUUUGCUACAGUUGUUGUACAAACUAAAGACACAUGAUCACAUCACUAAAGAGGAAAUAUCACGAUUACAUUACAUGGCGAAAAGUACUUUGAUUAAUGAAGAUGCUGUAACUUGCACUAUCUACUUUAAUAAAUUAGUUAAUGUUGUUAUGAAUAUUCUUCAAUCAAAAACAUGUAGUCCAUUUGGGAAGUACAGAGUUCGCCACUACUUCAAGCGCAUUGAAUUUCAACAUAGGGGCAGUCCUCAUGCUCACAUCUUGGCUUGGCUUGAUAAUACUCCAAAAGAUGCUCUUAAUGAAGAUUAUGAUAAAGCCAUUGAUCUUAUAAAUACUUUAAUAUCGGUUUCUGCAGCAGAAGCUUCAGGUAAUAUUAAACUUCAAACGCAUAAACAUACAUUCACAUGCUACAAAAAAAUUACCGCAAAAAAACCGCAAAAAUGUCGAUUUGAAGCUCCGUUCAUGCCCUGCAAAAAAACAAUGAUUUUGACUCCGAUGAAAAAUACAGAGGAAGGGUUUAUCAAUUAUCGAAAUCGAUACGCUCAGAUCAGAGUACGAUUAGAGAAUGAAGAUUUUGAAGACGUGGACAAUUUUUACAAUUGUAAUGGUAUAACUUCGGAUGAAGAUUAUUACAAUAUAAUCAGAGCAGGAAUUACCAGACCAAAAGUUUUUGUCAAACGUGAACCAUUGGAAAAAUGGCAUAAUCCUUUUAAUCCAUUCAUAUUUAAUAUUGUUCAAUCUAAUACCGACUUUCAAUUUAUUACAGAGGAAUAUUCAUGUGCAGCUUAUGUAGUAGAAUACGUUAAUAAAACAAAUAGAGGAGUAAGUCAUUUACAGAGAAAAAUAAUCGAAACAAUGGAUGAACAUCCAGAAUUCGAUAUUAUCGACAUAACUAAAAAUAUUAGUUUGAAUAUACUAAACCAUACUGAAAUCACAAGUCAAGAAGCUGCAUGGUAUUUACUACGAGAGCCCAUGUCUAAAACUUCAGUCAUCAUCGAAUAUAUUCCAACGGUAUGGCCAAUUGAACGUCAACGUAUAAGAAAAACUAUGAAGGAGUUAUCUGAAUUAGAUGAUGAUUGUACUGAUGUUUGGAAAGAAAACUGGUUCGAUAAGUACGAGAGAAGACCAGAAUUUUUAGAUAACAUUACAUUAGCUCAAUUUGUAUCGAAAUACACGGAAAACAGGAAAAAAGAAUUUAUUGAGAGGCGUGAACCCAAGAUAAUUCGGUAUCGUAAUUACGACAUGGCCACUGACUUUAACGAAUAUAAGCGAGAGAUGGUGACACUGCACUUACCGUUCCGAAAUGAAGAAGAGGAAAUAUUAGCAGAGAUGAAGUUUAUUAGAAUUUAUGAUGAUAAUGAGGAUAUUAUACUGCAGAGGAGAAAAGAAUUCGAGUCAGACAUUGACAUUGAUAAAACUAUACAAAUUUGUAGAGAACUAUGCCGUGAAGAAACCCCUAUGGAUGAAGAUGAAAUACAAGACGUUGCCAACAGAUUUCCUGAAGAAAACCCCUUUCAGCAAUUAUACAAUAAUCCGAAUUCAGAUAUAAAUAGUGAUCUUCAAUUAGCCACUUUGAAUAAACUUGGUGCAAUUGCUAAAAAAAAAGAAAAUAUUUUGUCUAGUGCAGAUUUUUAUGCAGCUAUGAAGAUGGCUAAUGAAAAGCAAAGGGCGCUGUUAACACAUAUGGAUUCAGUAAAGGUUGCUGUACGAAUCAGGCCACUUGUAAAAUCGGAAAGUGAAAGUGGCUGUCGCUCUUGCAUUGAGAGGAUUCCCAAUGAACCUCAGAUCUCAAUUGGAAAAGCUAGUCAGAUGUUCACGUUUAAUUAUGUCUUCGAUGAGUUUGAGGGACAAAGCAAGGUCUACAAUUGCGCAGUGAAGCAUCUUAUUGAAAAUCUAUUCAAAGGUUAUAAUUUGACUAUCCUCGCAUAUGGUCAAACAGGUUCUGGCAAAACAUACACUAUGGGUACAAAUUAUUCUGGAGAUAUCGAGCUGGGCGUAAUUCCUAGAGCGGUUUAUGAUAUCUUUGAUACAAUUGAAACUAAGACUGAUUAUUCGUAUAGAGUGACUUGCUCAUUUUUAGAAUUGUAUAAUGAAAGUCUCUAUGAUUUGCUGACUAACAAACCACGUGAGCAAAGCGUGGUCGAUAUGCGGGAGCAGCAUAACGGCGUUUGCAUUCCUGGUCUGACAGAAGUGGAGGUCCAUUCGCCCGCCGAAGCCCUCAGCCGGCUUCAAGAAGGUUCUCAAGGUAGAGUGGUAGGAGCAACUGCCAUGAACGCCCAGUCAUCACGAUCCCAUGCCAUAUUCACAUUUAAUAUUAGAAUAACCAACAAGCAAAACCCGAAGGAAGUGAUGACAUCUAAGUUCCAUUUAGUGGAUUUGGCCGGAUCAGAAAGGUCGAAAAAAACUGGUGCCACAGGCGAUAGGUUCAAAGAAGGGGUCAACAUUAACAAAGGGCUCAUGGUACUCGGCAAUGUGAUAUCGCAACUCUGUGAUGGAACCAAUAGCUUCAUCAAUUAUAGAGACAGCAAGCUCACUCGUCUCCUUCAAGAUUCACUUGGUGGAAACUCUGUGACGCUUAUGAUAGCAUGUGUGAGUCCAGCGGAUUACAACCAAGAUGAGUCAUUCAGCACCCUUCGGUAUGCAGACAGGGCAAAGAAGAUCAAGAACAAACCUGUAGUGAACCAGGACCCGCAGAGUGCAGAAAUAUCCAAGCUCAAGAAAGAAUUGGAAGACAUGAGGCUGAAAUUUAUUGAAGGAGGUGGUGUCAGUUAUGAGUGUCCUCCAAGUCACAAACAGUUGGAACAGAAGUUGGAGGAUGCUCAGACUCGCAUCAAAGAGCUUCUUAAAACUUUAACCGAGUAUAUGUCUCAAAGCUCCAAUUUAUUGGAGCGAGCUUUUAUGGCAGAGAAAUUAGAAGAGACAAUGAAAGAGAAGUUCUCCCAAUUAACCCACCUGUCUGAAUCGAUCAACGCGGACUCAGGUGACAUCGACAAGAACAAGAUUCUGCAAGACAUCAAAACCAAAAUUCUUGAAGUUCAGGUGCAGAGACUCCAGUGCGAGAAGGAGAUGCUCAGUCAUGAAAAGCUGUCAGGAAAUAAUAAGAGCCCAUUCGAAGAGGAUGAACUCAAUACACCAAUAAGGCACGAACACAUUCUAUACCAGGCAAAGAUUAACAAAGAAAUUUAUCAAAUCACAAAGAAUCUUGUCUGGAAAGAAGAGCUAAUGGCAAAAUUGUCCGAAAAUGUAAAUGGACUCGGUGUCAUUGAGGGCAUUUCUCAAAAGGAAGUCGAUGAUCUCAAAAAGCAAGUCGAAUCCUUGCAGUCUGAAAAAGAAGAGCUGCUUAGCCAGAUCAACAAGGCUGCAGUAAAUUCGGCGAACAAUGCCAGCAAAGUUGCUGAACAGAGAAGGAAAAGGCUCCAUGAACUUGAGCAACAGAAGACAACACUUCUUAAAAAGAUUUCAGAACAAGAAAAGAUAAUUAAAAUGAAGCAGAAUUCUGAUGAAAAAAUGAAAGCUUUACAGGCUGAUAUCAUGUCGAUGAAACAACUCAAAGUAAAACUGAUACAGCAGAUGAAGAGUGAAAAUGAAAAGUUCAGAACGUGGAAGGUAGAGAAAGAUCGGGAAAUGUGCCUGCUUCGUUCCCAGAAUGUUAAACGGCAGAACCAGCUGAAAAAGAUGGAACAACAGCACUCUCUUCAGCAAAACGUACUGAAGCGUAAGCUCGAAGCUGCCGCAGCUGCCAACAAGAGAAUCAUGGCUGUCCUGGACAGGCAGAAGCAGGCCAAGAUGAGAAAGCUGAAGGGCCCUGCCUCUGAGAGGAUAAAAGAAAAGAUGCAGGAGGAGCUCGAGCUGCUUGAGUCCGAAUACCAAGCCCAGAGGUCACUCGAUUCUCUAAUCCAAGAUCGAGCCUCUCUAUCAAAAGAAUUAACCAUAGUCAAAGAAAGCCUGCAGGAUAAUUCUAUAUCCCAGGAAGAAAAAGAAAAACUAGCAAGGGACAUGAAGCAAAUUGAAGAAGGCAUCGCCAACAGGAGUGCUGAAAUUUCUGACCUUCAGCAAAAGCUUCUUGAUAUCCAUCAUGAAGAUCGGCCUAAAGGAAACUGGGAUAUGCUGCAAUCCAUGGGCGAUGCAAAGUUUGCCGUUUCGUACCUGUUCAACCUUGUGUCUGAAAAAAUAAAAGAAAAUUUAAAUACUGCACAGUCCGUUUCAGAGCUCAAGGAACAACAACAUGAAUACGUCAACCAGCUUGAUCUCUACUCUCAAAAGAUGGAAAUAAUUGCUGCCAAUCACAAAGUGGAAUUGGAAAAUUUGGAAAAAGAAUGUGAGGAAAAAGUCUACAUCUUGUUGAAGCGCAUUCAAGAGCCAAAUCUGAACGAGUCUGAAGAGAUGGUUCAAUACAAGAAUAUCAAGUAUGAAGAACUCGAGAAAAUCGGGAUGCUCAGGAACAGAAUCAAGGAACUGGAGGAAGAAGUAGACACCUUGAACAAAGCACUCGUCGUGUGCAAACCUCCAUCUACGCAUAUGGAAGCUUUUGAAAACUUUUUGGAACAAAAAGAUACAACCUUCACUGCAUCAAAGGCUGGGCAGGGCACGAGAAACAGCAAAAAGAAAACACAGACGUUCACCUUCGAAUUGGCCGAUGAAGAGAGGUUGAGGACAUUUGACGAUUCGGUUGAGAUAGAGAAUGACGACCCCAACAACGAUCCAGACUGGGUUCACACACCCCUCUACAAGAGACUGCAGUCCCUUAAGGCAUCGAAGAGAAGGUGUAACAGCAAAAAUAAGACAAACCCGCAAUGCUCUUGCCAAGAAGAAUGCUCUCCUAAAUCCUGCCCUUGUAAACAGGAUGACCUAGACUGCAAUGAAAACUGUUCAUGCGAGUCUGCCUGUAAAUUACAAGAAAAGUCAAAUUUAGAAGUCAGCUCAACAAAAAAACAGAGGUUAAUGGAACCUUUAACGAGCAUAAGGGCGAGAAGGGACGACUACUUUUUAUAGACUCCGCAGUCAUAUGAUUAUUUGUAAAUAGUUUCUUCUGUUUUUACAUUCUGGUAAAAACCAAGACCUUUAACCCCCCCUGAAAUUCGUUGGAAUUGCACGUUUUAUUGUUUGACUAAUUAUUCUUUUUUUAUAUUUUAUAGUUGGACAUUAUAAUAAAUUUUAUAUAGUAACCUAAAGUUUUUAUCCUUUAAUUGUACAUUGAUUUUAGACCUAUUUUUUAUUUAUUUUAAAGUUGUUACUCAUGUACGAUUGUAUCAUUUUCUUAAUGUUGAACAAUAAUGGGUAAGGGAAAAAAAGUUAUAUACCCGUUACCUUUUGGGCAGAACUUUACAUUUCAUUCUUAAAAUUGUGUAAAUAAAUGUCCUCGCCAAUUGGCUUUUCUUUAAAUAAAUAUGUUAGCA